GCACCAUUUAUUUAUCUAUUCCAAGGAUAUAAACAGAGCCAUCUCUACAUCGCUCUGGAUAAACACCUCAAGUUUUCCUGAAGUUUCCUAGCAACCGCAGACGCCGAGUUGUCACUGCCUGUGGAAAUUUUACCUCAGCUCCGCAGCGAUAAAAGUGCGACUGUUGUAAUGGACAUUUUAUCCGAAGCAAAGUCUAAACCACUUUCCACUCUGUCAGUAUUCAGCUUUAUACCACCCAGAAGGACAGAGGCCAAAGAAAUGCGUUAUUUCAACUGCAGCCCCAAGGCCCCUGAGAGGUCUCUAUAUGACUGUUUACAUCAGAGCACUGAGGGCUAUGAUAACAAACUCCACCGAGAUGACAGAGAGCACGCCAAAUCCCGGGGCCUGGACAUCUUCAGUGAGGAAUCAUCAAGACAAACACCUGUUCUGUCCUCAUCAGUGUAUGGCCAACAUUCUCCACUACAGUACGACUCAGGGAGGAGCUUUGCUCGUGUUGCUCACAUUCGUUCUGAUUUCUACAGCAAGAAUGGAAUCACCUGGACUGUGGAGGAAGGCUAUGGAUCUGUGACACCCGUCUAAACGUGUCUCUUACGUAUGGUCACAUCUGUCAGCGCACAUUACAGUCAGUGUCAAAACAAAUUUCUGUGCAUGUAUUGUACUGUUUAUCUGCUACAAGCACAGCAGAUUGUUACUAACAUUUAUACAGUAUAUAUAUAUAUAUAUAUAUUAAACAUAAGAAUGCUUUUGGCUUUUGAUGUUAUAGGGUGAAUUAAAAAUUGUCAACAACAUGCUCAUGUCAUGCUUAAAAAUCAAAAGAAUACAAAAUGAGAAAUGAUAUGUUGCCCCAACACACACACACAAAUCAAAAGAACACACACACACACACACGCACACACACAAAAUCAAAAGAAUACAAAAUGAGAAAUGAUAUGUUGCCCCAACACACACACACACACACACACACACACACACAAUGAUUUCAAGUGAACCAUCAAUGCCAAUAUAGAACCUUUAUUUUUAAGAGUGUAGUUCGCCAGUACCAAAUGCAUUAACAUCGCCAUAUCCAUUAAUUUGCUAGAACUAUUCAAAGAUAGUUUUUUUUUUUUUUUUUUCUCCAAUUAUUUCUUGUUAUUCAAAUGAUUUAAUAGUUUUAAUAUGGAAAAGUAUUAUAGUAUUAUUAAUAUUAUAAUUAAUAUCCUCCUGAGACCCAGCAAUGGAGUUUUUUUCUCUGUAGAGGACAUUAUAUUUUUAGCAAAUUUCUUUGAGACCAUAUAAGCCUCAGUUUUAAGUCUGGAUGUCAUGUAAAGAGCACAUUCAGGGCUUUUCAGAGAUACCAAAUGUUUGAAAACCCUGAUUUACAUUACAUUAAAUUCAGGCACUAGUAUGCAUACAUUUUCUAACAUUUUCUAAACAUCUUUUCCCUACAUUAAUCUCAUAUCUGUUUUACAGAGGACAAGUAAAUAGUCUGGAACCUUAAAAUUGACUGAUAUACUGAAUAUAAAAAACAUUAUUUUCACAUUAUAGGCCCUCUUUACAUAGUAAUGUGA